GGCAGGUGCAGAAUUUUUACUCGCCCAAAUAUUUCAAAACCCAAAAACAAAAAAUUUUCAAUUUUUUCUCUGCACUUGCUCUCUUCUUCAAUCCCUACCCUCCUUUUCGGUUUCUUCUUCAAAUUCCAAAAACCCCAGUUAUAAUUCAAGAUACAAAAAGAAAACCCUAUUCGAGGAUUAGGAAGAAGAACCCAUAGUUUCAGCGAUUACGAAUAAUCAGAGAAGAAUGCCGUCGCCGUCGCAAUUAGAGGACGAGCUGUUCCCGUCGACGCCGGGGAAGUUCAAGAUCGACCGGUCCCACACCAUGAACCGCCAGUUUCACCGUUGCUUCGCCUCCACCAGCACCAUGUUCUUGUGGGCCCUUUUCUUGAUCGCCCUGACGGCGUCGUAUCUGAGUUUCCAGAGCUUCGUCGACUCCGGCAGCCGCUACUUCUCGGCCUCUUGGGGAGGGAUCCAGUGGGAGAAGCAGGUCCGCAACUCGGCUCAGAUCCACCGCUCCGGCGGCAUGUCCAUCCUCGUCACCGGUGCCGCCGGUUUCGUCGGCACACACGUGUCCGUGGCCCUGAAAAAGCGCGGAGACGGUGUCGUCGGGCUUGACAACUUCAACAACUACUACGACCCGUCGUUGAAGAAGGCCCGGAGAAACCUCCUCAAAGGCCACGGCAUCUUCAUCGUCGAGGGCGACUUAAACGACAACAAGCUCCUCGACAAGCUCUUCGACACCGUCGCCUUCACCCACGUUAUGCACCUCGCCGCCCAGGCCGGCGUCCGCUAUGCCAUGGAGAACCCCGGCUCUUACGUCCACAGCAACAUCGCCGGCCUCGUCACGCUUCUCGAGGUCUGCAAAUCCGCCAAUCCUCAGCCGUCCAUCGUCUGGGCCUCCUCCAGCUCCGUCUACGGCUUGAACGACAUGGUCCCCUUCUCCGAAUCCGACCGGACCGACCAGCCGGCGAGCCUCUACGCCGCCACGAAGAAGGCCGGCGAGGAAAUCACCCACACUUACAACCACAUUUACGGGCUGUCAAUCACCGGGUUGAGAUUCUUCACGGUUUACGGGCCCUGGGGAAGACCCGACAUGGCGUAUUUCAGUUUCACCCGGAAUAUUCUCCAGGGUAAAUCCAUCACGGUUUACCGCGGUAAAAACCAUGUUGACUUGGCGAGGGACUUUACAUACAUCGACGACAUUGUCAAGGGGUGUCUGGGGUCUUUGGAUACCUCCGGGAAGAGUACCGGGUCGGGCGGGAAGAAGCGGGGACCCGCACCGUACCGGAUAUUUAACUUGGGGAACACGUCGCCGGUGACGGUCCCGACGCUGGUAAACAUCUUGGAGCGGCAUUUGAAGAUGAAGGCCAAGAGGAAUGUAGUGGAGAUGCCCGGAAACGGCGACGUUCCGUUCACGCACGCCAACAUAAGUUUGGCCCGAACACAACUCGGGUACAAACCGACGACCGAUUUGCAAACCGGGUUGAAGAAGUUUGUUAGGUGGUAUCUUUCUUACUACGGCUACAAUAACGACAAACCUGUACACUAAUAUUUGUUUUCAUUUCCUUUUCUUUUCUUUGUUGGGGAUUUUUGUUUCCCAAUUCAAAUGGAAAACCAUGGGAGAGAAAAAGAAUUCUGGGUCAACAAAAAACAAACUGAGAUACAUUCUUUACUUUUUUUUGGCGAGGAGAUACAUUCUGUACUUGGGGAGCUCAGAAAAGAGUUCUCCUUCUUCAGCAUUAUUUUUCUUCUGUAAAGGAAAAGGUUUCAGGUUUCUUCUGGGCCAUUACAAUUC